AUGACACUCCCACUGUCUCGAGCACCCCAGCGCUCCACCCCUAGCCACCCCCUCUCGAUUCCCGCGGCAGUGCGAAGUGUGAUCCGCCCCGUAUGGCGGAUAAGGACCGUCGCCACCUGCUUGGUCCUUGCGAUCGUCUGUCUUGUGCUCGUGGGGCUCACCACAUCCAAUGAAGCCGCAAACGCCUUGUUGGCUAGCAGUCUCGCACAGCUCCCAGCGGCGGUGCAGCCUGUGCCACCGGCUGUCCCUUCGAUAGAGGUCGAGCCAGAAGUGGAAGAACCGCCACCACCACCUCUGGACCGCUCGUUCGAGGAGCCAGACUUUUCCCUGCUCUCUGGCAAGCAGCCGCACGAGAUAGGGUGCGACGUGUCUCUCGAGGGCCCCGAUGCCGGCCCUCUGGUGUUCGUUGGCAUCUUCUCCACUGCGGCGAGGAAGGGGAGGCGAGACUUGUACCGCAAACACAUCCUGCCCGACUUCCCAGACAACCUCAUUACCACCAAGUUUAUUAUCGGCAUGCCACCUUAUGAUGUCGAAGAACCGGACCCAGAGAACCCAGAGAACUCGGAGAACCCAGAGACCACGACAACGACAACGAAGAAGAAGAAGAAGGGGAAAUCACGGGAAGUGGUCUUGGAGGAGUUGAUUCGGGAGAUGAACGAGCACAACGACAUUGUGCUUCUUGACAUUAUCGACAACAUUGACUUUGGAAAGACCCACGAGUACUACAAGUGGCUGGCCAAAGAGUACGCAGGCGACGGCCCUCUCAAGGGGCGCCCACGGUUCGUCAUGAAGGCAGACGACGACACCGUCUUCGUCAUGCCCAACCUCAUCUCCAACUUCCGCGACCUCGACUGCGCCCAGAACAUCUACUGGGGCACCUCGGCCGGUCGUUCAGGCCAUUUCAACGACUACUUCCGCGGCCUGGCGUACGCUCUCAGCUGGCCGCUCGUGUCCUGGAUCGGCUCGGCCAACAUGCCAGAGCCUCACACCGUCAAGAUCGAGGACGCCAGGACGGGCCAGUGGCUGCGUGCCCUUGACCCAGCCACAGACCCCGUGCAGCGUAUCGAUCUCGGAUGGAUGAUGGGUGACUGGAACCAGCUGGAUAUCACCGUCAACACUGUCGCGUUCCACUGGCUCAAACUAGACGAAUGGGUGCCAGAGAUCCACGACAGGGUCAAGGGGGUCUGGAACGAGGCUGGACGGCCAUAUGGCGAGCAGAACGGCGUUGAGCGCCGGAUAUCUGUUGCCAUGGGCAAGAGCAGGCCCAAGAAGGCCGAAGAGGAGCACCAGCGGCAAAAGGAGCUGGGCUGGGAUGUCGGCAAUAACUUUUAG